AUGUGCAAUGCUGUCCACGUGGUGAGAGUUCAUUGGGUACCGUGUUUGUUAGCGUUAGGAGUUCUGUUCUUCACGGCCGUAGAGGAGUACAUGCUCCAGAUGAUUCCGGCUAGUUCUGAACCGUUCGAUAUUGGUUUUGUGGCGACGCGCUCUCUGUAUCGCCUCUUGGCUUCUUCACCUUAUCUUAACACCGUUUUAGCUGCUCUCAACACGGUCUUCGUAGGGAUGCAAACAAUGUAUAUUGUAUGGACAUGGUUGAUGGAAGGACGACCACGAGUGAUCAUCUCGGCUUGCUUUAUGUUUACUUGUCGUGGCAUUCUUGGUUACUCUACUCAGCUUCCUCUUCCUCAGGAUUUUCUAGGAUCAGGGGUAGAUUUUCCGGUAGGAAACGUAUCAUUCUUCCUCUUCUACUCAGGCCAUGUCGCCGGAUCAAUGAUAGCAUCCUUGGACAUGAGGAGAAUGAAGAGGUUGAGAUUAGCCUUGCUUUUUGACAUUCUCAAUGUAUUACAAUCAAUCAGGCUGCUCGGGACAAGAGGGCAGUACACGAUCGAUCUCGCUGUCGGAGUUGGCGCUGGCAUUCUCUUUGAUUCACUGGCUGGAAAAUACGAAGAGCUGAUGAGAAAGAGACAUAAUGUAGGCAGUGGUAUUAGUUUUAUUUCGGCUCGCUAG